AUGGCUGAUGCAUUAGCCACGCUGGCAGCAAUGUUCAACAUUGGUACCAAUGUCAAGAUUCAACCCAUCAUGAUUAAUCUUCGAAAGUGCCCCGCACACUGCUCCAGUGUAGAGGAAGAAGUAGAUGGGAAACCGUGGUACCAUGAUAGUAUGCAUUAUCUCAAGUUUCAGCAGUAUCCGGAACAAAGUUCAGAAAAUGAUAAGAAAACCAUUAGAAGGUUGGCAAUGAAUUUCUUCUUGGAUGGGGACAUCUUAUACAAGAGAAGUAGGGAUCAAGUGCUUUUGAGAUGUGUGGAUUCAGCCGAAGCUCGGAGAAUAGUUGAGGAAGUUCACGAAGGAAUUUGUGGGGCACAUAUAUACGUAGACAGAAUCCACACUCCUGCAAAUUCACUGAAUGUACUGAGAUCACCAUGGCCAUUCUCAAUAUGGGGCAUGGAUGUGAUUGGGUUAAUAACCCCGAAGGCAUCAAAUGGGCAUCGGUUUAUUCUGGUGGUGAUUGACUACUUCACUAAGUGGGUAGAAGCAGCAUCUUAUGCCAAUGUGACCCAGAAAGUGGUAUGUAAGUUCAUCCAAAAAGAAAUAAUAUGCCGCUAUGGUCUCCCGGAAAGAAUCAUCACAGAUAACGCUAGUAACCUCAAUGGUUCAAUGAUGAAAGAGGUUUGUGCCAAGUUCAAGAUCAAGCAUCACAAUUCAGUGCCUUAUCGCCCAAAAAUGAAUGGAACGGUAGAAGCAGCCAACAAGAACAUCAAAAGGAUAAUUGAAAAGAUGACAGAUGUAUACAAAGAUUGGCAUGAGAAGUUACCCUUUGCUUUGCAUGCUUAUCGCACAACAGUCCAAACUUCCACGGGAGCUACGUCAUUCUCUUUGGUAUAUGGGAUGGAAGCAGUUUUACCAAUUGAAGUAGAAAUCCCUUCCCUAAGGGUCCUUAAAGAAGUACAGUUGGAAGAAGCCGAAUGGGUUAAUGCUCGUUAUGAACAAUUGAAUCUCAUAGAAGAAAAAAGGUUGACGGCACUUUGCCAUGGGCAGUUGUUUCAAAAGAGAAUGAUGAGGGCAUAUGGCAAGAAGGAUCCUUGCGAGAAAUGGACACCAAAUUGGGAAGAACCAUUUGUGGUGAAGAAAGCUUUUUCAAGAGGAGCACUAAUUUUGGCAGAGAUGGACGGAAGGGAGUUUUUCAACCCUGUGAAUGCCGAUGCUGUCAAGAAAUAUUUUACGUAA